AUGGAAACCAUAACGAAAGAAAAAUUCUCUCCACAUGUGCUAAUCUUUCCUUGUCCAGCACAAGGCCAUGUAAACUCAAUGCUAAAGUUAGCUGAACUUCUUGCAAUUCAAAACCUCCACGUAACUUUCCUCAACACCGAGUACAUCUACAAUCGUCUCAUUCGUUUCAACGAUGAUAUUCAAGCUUUUUCAGAAUGUUACCCUAAGCUCCAGUUCAAGACUAUUCCUGAUUUUCAUAAUGAGGAGGAACAUCCUGGUUUUGGAGAAAGGAUAGGAUAUGUAAUUGAAUCCUUGAGUUUGUGUGGUAAGCCGUUUUUGAGAGAUAUUAUCGUUUCUGAGAAAAUAACUUGUAUUAUUUUAGAUGGAAUCUUCGGUGACCUUGCAACUGAUUUAGCUUCUGAAUUUGGGAUACAAUUGAUUCAUUUUCGUACUAUUAGUGCCUGUUGCUUCUGGUCUUUUUUAUGUGUCCCUAAGCUCUUGGAGUGUAAUCAACUUCCCAUUAGAGGAGAAGAGGACAUGGAUCGCAUCAUAAGGAAUAUGCCAGGCAUGGAAAAUUUGCUUCGGUGUAGAGAUCUUCCAAGUUUCUGUCGAGAAAACCAGAAGAAUUAUAUCACUUUAGACAAUGUUGUUCUUCGAAGUCAACAAUCACUUAAGGCAAAUGCGCUUAUACUCAACACAUUUGAGGAUCUAGAUUUUCCAAUACUUUCCCAAAUUCGUCUUCACUUCCCCAAGCUCUACACUCUUGGCCCUCUUCAUCACCUCCUUAAUACUACCAAAAAAACAUCAUCCUUUAAGAGUAACUUCUUCGAAGUUGAUAGAACCUGCAUGAGUUGGCUCGAUUCUCAAUCUUUGAAAUCAGUUAUUUAUGUUAGCUUUGGAAGCACCACUCCAAUGAAGAGAGAAGAAGUCGUUGAGAUUUGGCAUGGUUUGUUGAACAGCAAAACACGGUUUUUGUGGGUGAUUAGACCAAACAUGGUACAAGAAAAAGGACUGUUAAAGAUGCUUGAGGAAGAGACCAGUAAAGAAAUAGGACUGUUUGUGGAGUGGGUUCCACAAGAUGAGGUGUUGGCCCAUAAGGCAAUAGGUGCAUUCUUGACACAUAGUGGAUGGAAUUCUACUUUGGAGAGUUUGGUUUGUGGGGUGCCUAUGAUUUGUUGGCCUUUCUUUGCUGAUCAACAGGUUAAUAGUAGGUUUGUGAGUGAGGUUUGGAAAAUUGGGUUGGAUAUGAAGGAUGUUUGUGAUAGGAAUGUUGUGGAGAAAAUGGUGAAUGAUGUUAUGGUGAAUAGGAAAGAUGAGUUUCUUAGAUCAUCUAUGCAAAUGGCUGAGUUGGCAUCCAAAAGUGUGAGUCCUUCGGGUUCUUCUUACAACAAUUUUCAUGAUUUCAUUCAGUUUAUAAAAUCUUCUGGUUUGUGA